AUGAAGUGUACUAGAGCAUGUAAAGAAUGUAAAGGGGAGAGCUGUUCAAAUGCUACUGACCUGGUUCAACUUACUGAAAACGCCAACGAAGAUGAAGAAGAUGAUGAUGAUGAUUUUGAUUAUAUUUCGGAAAAAGAGUUAAAAAAGCGAAAUACAAAACGAUUAGCUUACGAGAAAUUCAAACGAUCGAUCUAUGGAUUAGAUGAUACUGAUUCAGAAGAAGAAGAAGAAGAAGAAGAAGAAGAAGAAGGAGAAAAGGAAGAAGAAGAUCAAAUAGAAGAGGAUAAUGCAGUUGAAGAAACGGUGGAAGUCUCUCGGACUUCUAACGUUGAUGAGCCAAGUACUUCACGAAUUUCUCCUUUGAAAAAAAGAAAACGUCAAAUAUAA